CAUCACUCCAUUUUUAUGCAGAAACUAUAUUUAACGCUUUUUGGCGUUCGUGAAUCAGACUUACUUACAUGAAGAUUCGAGCAAAAUGUCAGAGACUCGCGUGGGCCAUUCGGAGGGCUUACACCAAAACAAUACGCUCAAGACGGUUGUGGUUCGUCUUUCUCUUAGCCAUGGCCCUAAAUGUGUGGAGAAUAUCGUGGUUAUUGGCAAAAUCCAGAAAUCCCUCUUUGGACACCAUCCUGGACUCUUUGAAUUGUUCAGAUGCAAACUCAGUGAGCGCUGACAAGCCUUGGCUCAAGAACUUUCUGAGUGAGAGGAAAAUGUUGGAACGCACGAUUGCAAUGGAGGAAUGCGACAGCUAUUUUACAAUGAUAUCGAGCCAAGCACUCCAUCAAGUGACCGAGGAGGAGACGAAUUUCCCAUUGGCAUUCUCUCAUCUGAUUCAUGAGAACGUUGGGAUCCUGGAAAUGUUCCUCAGCACUCAUUUCCGUCCCACAGACACGCAUUGUAUAGUUAUAGAUCAAAAGAGCACUGUUGAAGUCCAGAAGGCAACGAAAGCUGUUGUGAAUUGCUACCAACGGCGAUUUCCGAGGAAUCCGAUGUUCAUUGUCGACAACAAUAUUUCUGUAUACAACGGUCAUAUCUCCAUUCUCCAAGCUGAACUUGACUGUUUAGAAGAAUUAGAGAAGAGGAAUAAGGAGUGGAAAAUGUUUUUGAACUUGGCAGGGAACGAUCUUCCAUUGGUGUCUAUGACAAAAAUCAGAGAAACGUUAUCGAAUCACAAAGACCAAAACAAUUUUGAUCUGGGCUUCACUCCAACCAACUCACAUCAAAAAAUCCGCUUGGAAAUAGUCGAUAACGGAGAAGGUCACCGCUCUUUGCGGGAAUACCCAGACACAGAGAAGGCUGAACCUCCUUGCAAAUUAUUCAUUAUGAAGGGAUACAGAAAUGUGGCCCUUACCCGAGAUUUCGCCACUUUCCUCCUCAAAAGUCAUAUGGUCAAAGUUUUCCUUGAGUGGAUUUCAACCACAAGUCACCCUGCAGAACAUUUCUAUGCCACCAUGGGCACAAUACAAGAGGCCGAUGGACCAGAAGAUGGUACAAAACUCAUAACCCAGAGGUUUGACAUGCAGAAAAGUAUUGCCUCCCAAAUUUGCUUCAGGGAGCAUCUUUGGCGGCCUUCAAGUCAUUGCAUGCUUCGAAAAAGCGGAUGCAAUGUCGACCUUCAAAAAAGUCCUCUCAUGAACAACAUGAGACAGGAAUAUAUCGGCAAUAACUGGUUUGCCGGGUAUUGCCUCCGCAAGUCCAAGUGGAGCAAUUGCGCUGGGAGUAGCAGGGAGCGAAAGUGCCUGAUUACUCUUCAAGACUCACCCGAAAUUCGCGAAAGCGGAUGCCUCUUUGCAAACGAGUUCCAUGUGGACUUAGAUCCAGGGGCAAUCAUGUGCCAGGUGAAAUAUGUCAAAGCCCAAAUGGCAGAGAGUGAUGCCCAGAGCAAAGACUUGAAUCCGAUGUAACGUUGCGAGCACGGGAGAAUCAAACCUGGCGGAACUGCUAAAAAUAAAAAUAGCAACCUCUCACUCAGGAAUCUGACUUUAUUUCAUAUUUUGAACUGAUAGUCAAAGCUUAAAAAAUG